AUGAGGGAGGAACCAUCUGAGAGUUCAGAGUGUGAAAACAGUUUUGGUCUGAGUGAAAGCCUUACUUCCCAUCAAAGAACCCACACAGGCCAAAAACCAUGCCAAAGCUCAGAGUGCAGGAAAAGGUUCAGGAGUAACACAACGUCUACUUUGCAUCAGAGAAUCCAUUCAGAGGAAAAACAAUAUAAAUGCUUGGAAUGUGGAAAGCUCUUCCGCCAGCGAGCACACUUCACUGUGCACCAGAGAAUCCACACAAAAGAGAAACCAUAUAAAUGCUUGGAGUGUGGAAAGAACUUCACUCACAAACAAGGACUCACUUCCCAUCAGAGAACCCACACAAAGGAGAAGCCGUAUGUGUGCUUGAAGUGUGGGAAAACUUUCCGUUGGAACGGAGCCAUCACUUACCAUCAGAGAAUCCACACAAAGGAGAAGCCAUAUGUGUGCUUGAAUUGUGGGAAAACCUUCCGUUCGAGCACAGCCCUCACUUACCAUCAGAGAAUCCACACAAAGGAGAAGCCAUAUGUGUGCUUGGAGUGUGGGAAAACCUUCCCCAUGUGUGGUGCACACCUUACUUCCCACCGAAGAAUCCAUUCUGGAGAGAAACCCUAUCGAUGCCAGGAGUGUGGAAAAGGCUUCAGUCAGAGCUCACACCUGAAAGUACACCUAAGAAUCCACACGGGAGAGAAGCCCUAUAAAUGCUUGGAAUGCGGAAAUAGUUUCACUUGUAGCCAGAACCUUGCAUCACAUGAAAAAAUCCACACGGGGGUGCAGCCAUAUAAAUGCCUGGAUUGUGGGAAAAGCUUCAGUCAGAGCUCAAGCCUUAAGGUACAUCGAAGAGUCCACACAGGGGAGAAGCCGUAUAAAUGCAUGGAAUGCGGCAGAAGCUUCAGUCGGAGCUCAACCCUUACUUUACAUCAAACAGUCCACACAGAAGAGAAGCCGUAUAAAUGCAUGGAAUGUGGGAGAAGCUUCAGUCGGAGCUUAACCCUUACUAUGCAUCAAAGAGUCCACACAGGAGAGAAGCCGUUUAAAUGCAUGGAUUGUGGAAAGAGUUUCACUUCUAGCCAGUACUUUAAAGUACACAAAAGAAUCCACACAGGGCAGCAGCCAUAUAAAUGCCUGGAUUGUGGGAGAAGCUUCAAUCAGCGCUCAAGCCUUAAUCUACAUCAAAGUGUCCACACAGGAGAGAAGCCGUACCUGUGA